UGCAUGCAUACAAUGGCACGUAUAGUUAUCUGUACGGUCGGUUUUCCAAGGUUAAGUGUAGUACGAGGCCCUUCGAUCCGGAGAAUUCCCUCUAUCCAUCUGCAGGCUCAGGCUUCAGCUGAAGUGGCUGUGCCGAUCGAUGUGUUGGCUGCCAGCCUAACUUCAAGACUUCCGUCUGUUUUCCCUCUCCACGAUACUACUACCUCGUCCUUUGACGUCCAUUCAUUGCACAUUCCCGUUGUUUCUCUGAGACGAGGUUAAGGCGAUGAUGCUGAAAUGGAGCCGCUCAUCGCCCUCAGCCUUGCGGGAAACAUCUUGCAAUUCAUCCACACCACUAGGCAGCUAAUCUCGACGACCCGAGAUAUUGUCGACAAGGGAAGGAAAAAGGAACACCUCGAACUCGAAUUGAUCGCGCGGGAUCUACAAGAGCGAGCAGAUCGCAUUACCGUCCCCGUCCCUGCCUCCUCCGCAACAGGCGAAGAUGGCAAUGACCAGUCUCUCCUGCAUCUUGGGACUCAAUGCAAAAGCAUCGCGACGGAACUUCUCGCGGUUCUGGAGAAACUCAAGCUCCGAAAAGGCGGCAAUAGAUGGGAUAGUUUUCUACAAGUGCUAAAGACGGAGUGGAAGAGCUCGGAGAUCGAUGCGCUUCGCCAAAGACUGGAGCGUAUUGCGGAAGCUGUCAAUGCGCGGUUCACGGAAUCUCAACAGCGCAAAGUGCUUGUGCGCUUAGAUGAGCUGCAUGUGGAGAAUCUCCGUCUUGAGAUGUCUCGAGCGUCCGACAUAGUGGAUCUGAAAACAAAGUUCGACAGGCUGUUUGACGGAAUUAACAAGAGAGGGAAGAACGAUUCUGAUGGGGGAAGACUCGCUCAAAUCAUGUACGAAGCCUCCUCUACGGGACUACAGUAUUGCGCAGAGCAAGUCAUCCUCGAAACCAUCCGGUUUGAUCGCCUAGAAGACCGCUACGCCAACAUCUCCGCAGCCCAUCGCAGCACCCUGAAAUGGCUCUUCGGUGAUCCAGAGGGUGGGCAGCGACAGCUCUCUUCUGCAACGUUUGUUCAGUGGCUGGAGUCCGACGAUGACCUUUACUGGGUUUCCGGAAGACCUGGCUCCGGAAAAUCUACUUUGAUGAAGUUCCUCUACACCGAACCGCGGACCCAAGCUUACCUGAAGACCUGGGCGAACGGAGAUCAGGUCAUCUCCGCGGAAUACUUCUUCUGUAAGCCAACUAACCGUAGGAAUAUCAUUCUGAGACAUGCUAAUUGUAACGUCAUGUUAGGGAAUGCGGGAAAGAAUGUCCUGCAGAAAUCGCAAGAGGGCCUUCUCCGGUCCAUUGUUUACCAGAUACUGAGGAAACGCCCAGAUCUGAUUCAAACACUAUUCCCAGAGCUCUGGCGUCUCUGCAACUCGCCCAAGGACUGGGAAAGUCGUGAGCCUGUGCUGAGGGCAAAGGCUGCGCUCCUUCUUGAUCUUUCAGGCCUCCUCGGCACCCUGAGUCGCACCUGUCAACUCCUCACCCAUUCCAAGACGCGGUUCUGCUUCUUCCUCGACGGGCUAGACGAAUACGAAGGAAACUCAGGGGACGUCAUCAAAUUGAUCGGCGAGCUACGAAAUCUACCGUCCGUGAAGAUAUGUGUCUCCAGCCGGCCAUGGAACGAGUUUGAGGAGGCAUACGGAAAACGGAGUACCGCGAAGCUAUACAUGCAAGACUUCAAUGGACAAGAUAUCAGUGGAUACAUUUACGAUGUCUUUUCCAAUGACGAAUACUACCAAGAACUUGAGGAUAAGGAUACGCAAGGAAGAGCCUUAGUUGAAGAGAUCGUCGACGCAGCGAAAGGCGUUUUCCUAUGGGUCGUCCUUGUUGUUCGUUCAUUUCAAGAGGGACUUCGGAAUGGAGACAGCAUUCAGCUGCUAAAGGAAAGGCUUCGCACGCUUCCGAGAGAUCUGAAUGGGUACUUCGAGCGGAUUCUUUUCCAUGAUGUGGAUGACUUCUACCGUCGAGAGGCCGCGCGAAUGUUCUUCGUCACUCUAGAGGCGAAAGAGAACUUACCUUUGCUAGCUUAUUGGUAUCUGGGCGAAGCCAUCCCAGCGGAGCGCAGACCAAUGACUAUGCAGCAGACGAAUAAGCGCGUGAAGGAUAUAAAGAGGAGGCUUAUUGCUUCCUGUAAGGGACUUCUGGAGCCACACUAUCAAUCGCCCGACAUUCUUGAGGAUCCAUUGCCGUCCGCCAUACUCUUUAAUGAGAAAGUCGACUUCCUCCAUCGUACUGUGCGCGAUUAUCUUGAGCUCCCUGGAACAGAAAUCCUCAUCCGACGCUGGAUUCCACGCGAUUUCGACCCUCACGAAGCCAUCUGCAAGGCACUCUUCUGCCAAGUCAAGACAUCACCGUGUGAGCCGGAAUAUUUUGGCCCAAUCUCGAGGCUUCAGAGCAUCUUCCUUUACCAUACUUCCAAAUCACCCAAGCGCAGCGCUGAACUGGAGAACCUUGAGCCUCAAAUGCGUGGGAUGGUGGAUAGUUACGAAAGGAGAAAGAAAGAAACUACGGGCCAAACGUCAGGCCUUGAUGCGGAUAGUCAACUAACAACAGCUGGGAGAUCACGGGACGCGCAAACUACCCUCGCGAUCCCGAGUUUCGUUCCCAAACCCGAGGAUACUAGCCCUUCAGACACCGGUCCACCGAAGGGAAGAUCGUUGUCUCUUUUCAAACGCUUGGCAUCGAAAUUGGGACGGAAAAAGGGUUGAGCAGAGGAAUAGUAAUGGGCUUGUUGGUGCUCGCUUGGAAGCGAAGC